GGUUCUGACAAUAUGGCGGGUCCUGUUCGGUGGUAGCGGUAUCUGUUCAACGAGUGCGAAACAACGAGAUCGGAGUUUAACUGCUGGGAGGGAAACAAAAUCGUGGCCCUUGGCGAUGGAGCGAGAACUGCCUUUCCGAUAACGGCCGGUGAACGACAGGAAAUUGUAGAUUUUUGUCGGGGCAGUGGGUUCUGUGCUGUGAGCUGAAAAUGGCUCCGGUUCAGGUGGAGAGUUCGCAGCUGGUGUCUGCUGCUGGCCCGACCUCUGCCCCAGCCGCUGCAGCUACAGCAGCUGUAGCCGCCAGCCCCGGCGUCCGCCUUAGCAUGUUGAUUGAAUUCCUGCUGCAGAGAACCUACCAUGAAAUUACCGUGCUGGCCGACCUGUUGCCUCGAAAGACUGACAUGGAACGAAAAAUUGAGAUUGUUCAGUUUGCUAGUCGAACACGUCAACUGUUUGUUCGUCUGCUUGCGUUGGUAAAAUGGGCAAGUAAUGCUGGAAAGGUGGAAAAAUGUGCGAUGAUAUCAAAUUUCUUGGAUCAGCAGGCAUUCAUCUUUGUGGACACUGCUGAUCGAAUGGCAUCAUUAGCAAGAGAUGCUUUGGUUCAUGCACGCCUGCCAAGUUUUGCAAUUCCAUUUGCUAUUGAUGUUCUUACAACAGGGUCGUACCCUCGCCUGCCCACUUGUAUUCGGGAUAAAAUCAUUCCUCCAAAUCCAAUUACAAAAAGUGAGAAACAAUCCACACUUCAUCAGCUUAAUCAGAUUCUGAGACAUCGACUGGUGACAACAGACCUUCCUCCACAGUUGGCAAACCUUACUGUUGCCAAUGGACGUGUGAAAUUCCGUGUUGAAGGUGAAUUUGAAGCCACACUUACGGUGAUGGGUGAUGAUCCUGAAAUACCCUGGCGGCUGCUCAAACUGGAAAUACUAGUUGAAGAUAAGGAAACAGGAGAUGGUCGUGCUUUGGUUCAUAGUAUGCAGAUCAAUUUCAUCCACCGACUGGUACAGUCCAGACUCUUUGCUGAUGUGAAACCUCUGCAAGACAUGUACAACUGUUUACAUUCAUUCUGUUUGUCACUGCAAUUGGAAGUUUUACACUCUCAGGCGCAAAUGCUAAUACGUGAACGUUGGGGCGAUCUUGUUCAGGUCGAGAGGUAUCAGCCUGGAAAGUGCCUAACUCUGGUUGUUUGGAACCAACAGGUCUUGGGGAGAAAAACUGGCAGUGCUUCCGUUCACAAAGUCUUGAUAAAAAUCGAUGAGAGUGACUGUUCAAAACCCUUACAGAUAUCGCAUGAUCCACCAUUACCAGCAUGCGAUUCUAAAUUAAUAGAACGUGCUAUGAAGGUUGAUCACUUAUCUGUAGAGAAGCUUUUGAUUGACAGUGUCCAUGCACGUUCCCAUCAGAAGCUGCAGGAGCUGAAAGCCAUUCUCAAGAGCUACAAUGCCAAUGAUAACUCCUUUAUAGAGACACCCUUGCCUACAUUGGUUAUUCCUAUCUUAGAACCUUGUGGUCGUUCUGAGUGUCUUCACAUUUUCGUUGAUCUUCAUUCUGGAAUGUUCCAACCUAUGUUAUAUGGAGUUGAUCAAACGACAUUAGACGAUAUUGAAAAGUCUGUCAAUGAUGAGAUGAAGCGAAUUAUUCCUUGGAUUCAACAGCUAAAGUUUUGGCUUGGACAACAAAGAUGCAGGCAGUCCAUGAAGCACCUUCCCACAGUCUGCACUGAGACGUUACAUCUUUCAAACUUUUCGUCUCAUCCAGUUGGAAACCUCUCAAAACACAAGCUAUUCAUCAAACUGACGCGCCUUCCUCAAUACUACAUUGUUGUAGAAAUGUUAGACAGGCCAGGCUUUCCUACAGAGCUACAGUAUAAAUAUCAUUUCCUCUCUGUAAGCCAUGGGCUGACAGAUCCAGAUGAUUGUCCUCCCACUGCAAUUCUUUUGCAACAGUUUAAACCAGACAUUGAGAAACUAGUACUGGAUGCAAGACCUGGGCAGCAGGCCAAAGCUGGAGGCAAGCACAAGUUGUCUGCUGAUCAAGGACCUACAGAACCCAAGAAACCCAAGAGGACAGGAGAAAUGUGUGCCUUUAAUAAGGUCCUAGCACACUUGGUAGCUAUGUGUGACUCAAACAUGCCAUUUAUUGGACUUCGUUGUGAGCUUUCUGCUAUGGAGAUUCCUCACCAAGGAGUUCAAGUGGAAGGAGAUGGCUGCAGUCAUGCUAUACGCAUACUAAGGAUUCCUCUAUCUACAAGCGUCAGUGAGGAGACACAGAAGGCCUUAGAUCGAUCUUUGCUGGAUUGCACUUUCCGAUUGCAGGGAAGGAAUAAUCGGACCUGGGUCGCAGAAUUGGUAUUUGCCAAUUGCCCUCUGAAUAGUACUUCUGCCAAAGAGCAAGGGUCAACACGUCAUGUCUAUCUGCCUUAUGAAAGUUUAUUAUCAGAACCUGUUGGAGGUCGAAAGGUGGUUGAAGCAUUCCUGAAUGAUUUGAAUAGCAUAGCUAAGCUCUAUGACUGCGUUCUAGAUUUUGCACGUUCCUUGCCAGAAAUACCGCCCCAUCUUAAUCAUUUCUCAGAGAUACGUGUCUAUAAUUACCGUAAACUUGUCAUAUGCUAUGGAGCCCCUAAAGGCAGCUCGAUAACAAUCCAGUGGAAUUCCACUCACCAGCGUUUCCACAUUUCAUUAGGAACAGUCGGGCCGAAUUCUGGCUGCAGUAACUGCCAUAACAUCAUACUCCAUCAACUUCAAGAAAUGUUCAACAAGUCACCAAAUGUUGUUCAGUUGCUACAGAUAUUGUACGAUACACAAGCACCACUGAAUGCUAUUAAUAAACUCCCAACAGUGCCAAUGUUGGGUCUCACGCAUCGAACGAAUACUGCUUAUCAGUGCUUUUCAAUACUACCCCAGUCACCCACACACAUCAGGCUUGCUUUUCGUAACAUGUACUGCAUCGACAUAUACUGUCGAAGCCGAGGUGUUGUGGCUAUUCGUGAUGGUGCUUACAGUCUUUUUGACAACAGUAAGAUCGUGGAGGGAUUUCAUCCAGCUCCAGGCUUAAAGACGUUCUUGAACAUGUUUGUAGACAGCACCCAGGACGCACGUAGACGAUCAGUGAAUGAAGACGAUAACCCACCAUCUCCUAUUGGUGGAGACAUGAUAGAAUCAUUAAUGUCUCAGCUUCAGUCACAGCCACAACAGCCUUUUACCAAAUCCAGUGGGACAGCAACCUACCCCCUGACAUCGCCGCCUACGUCCUAUCAUAAUACAGUGACUCCAUCACCACAAAUGAUGCCUACACAAUCACCUGGGAGUUUACAUCCUGCAAGUUCCCCAAGUGGUGCAAUACGAGCUCCUUCACCAGCAUCAUUUGUACCCUCUCCAUCUCCAUCCUCCCUUGGAAUUUCAAUGGGACAGACACCAAACUUUGCAAGCCCACAUGGUACAAUUGACCCAAGCUCACCUUAUGCAAUGAUGUCACCCAGUCAACGUCCUGGAAACUGGCCUGGAUCUCCACAAUUGCCUGGGCCAACUUUAGCACGCAUUCCUGGAAUGUCUCCAGCAAAUCCAUCCUUGCAUUCGCCAAUCCCAGAUGUAUCUCAUUCUCCACGAGCUGGAACAAGUUCCCAAAUAAUGCCAACCAACAUGCCCCCUCCUCGUACACUACCUCAGCGUUCGUGGGCUGCAUCAAUACCCACCAUCUUGACUCAUAAUGCCUUGCACAUUCUACUUUGUCCAUCACCAACUCCGGGUCUUGUCCCAGGAUUGGCUGGUAGUUAUCUGUGCUCCCCACUAGAGCGAUUCUUAGGAUCUGUUAUGAUGAGACGGCAUCUGCAAAGGAUCAUACAACAGGAACCGUUGCAGCUUAUAAAUUCCAAUGAACCUGGUGUGAUCAUGUUUAAGACUGAAGCGUUGAAGUGUCGAGUAGCACUGAACCCACAGACAUAUCAAACUUUGCAGUUCAAAGUAACACCUGAAACACCAGACCCGUGGACACAAGAAGAACUACAAGUUUUAGAAAAAUUCUUUGAAACAAGAGUUGCUGGACCCCCAUUUAAAGCCAAUACACUAAAUGCCUUUGCUAAGCUAUUGGGAGCUCCAACACACAUUCUCAGGGAUUGUGUGCGCAUCAUGAAACUGGAACUGUUUCCAGAUCAAGCCACUCAGCUAAGGUGGAACGUGCAGUUCUGUUUGACAAUCCCACCUAGUGCUCCUCCAAUAGCUCCUCCAGGAACACCUGCAGUGGUGCUGAAAUCCAAGAUGCUGUUCUUUCUGCAACUCACUCAGCGACUAACAGUUCCACAAGAACCAAUUAGCAUAAUUGUGCCAAUUGUCUACGAUAUGGCAACAGGGGCAACACAGCAAGCUGAUAUUCCAAGGCCACAGAACACGUCUGGAGCAGCUGCCUCAAUGGUGAGCAACAUCUUGAGGAGGUUUUCAGAGGUGCACCAGCCACCACAAGGUGACUGCACAAUCUAUGCAGCAGUGAGGGAUUUGAUGGCAAAUCUAACACUGCCCCCUGGGGGUCGACAGUAACACUACAGACUGCCUUAGGGUGUCCUUCAUGUGGAGAAAAGGAUUGAUUACAACAUCAUUCGGUGGACAGUAUGUGAUGCAAAAUAAAAUUAAUUAUCAAAAUCAUGCUCCAAUGUGACUUGAGAGCAUGAUAUAAUUUAUUCUUCAGGGAUGAACUUCUUCCAUUAGAAGAUACAUUCAUUACUUUGUUUACCUGCUGUUAUAUAGUGUAUUUUAUAAACUGCAUUUCAAACAAAUAUAAAUCCCAAAAAAUUCCUGUUUGGUUGAUUUAGAUUUAACCAUAGUAUAGUAUUUACAAGAAGAUCAUUAGAUUAUGAUGAUGCCAAGAAUAUUUUUUAGAGAAUGCAAAUCUGUCAAUUUUCACAUGUUCUGACAUAAUAGCUUGAGUUUUAUUAAUUUUCAAACUCAUUUGUUAUAUUGGUUGUUGUAAAUUGUGAAACUUUAAUGGAGCUGUAUUUUAUUAUGACUGCUUUAAAUCUUUACAUAAAAUUUGAGUUCUUUGGUCAUAUUGCCUCAGAAAUAUUUAAUAAACGAGCAAAUAAAACCACCAUACCAUGUAACAACUUAUUCAAACAACAUUGAUAAUAUGUGCAGUUAGAUGCAACAGCACAAUUUUGGUUGCAUAAUUCUGAUAAAUACUUCCCCCUUCAUUGUCUUUUCUGAAAAUGUUCCACGUGUUAAGGUAAGUAUUUCUGUUUUAUUUGCAUUGCUACCUUGCUUAACGGCAACUUUGAUAGGUACAACUCCAAAACAAUUAAUUUAUUUUGGUGGGGUGAUGUUUAAAAGGCUGCUUAUCAAGUUUUUUUUAAAACUUUUAAAGUUGUAUUUCUUUGUUCUAAACAUAGCCAUUGAAGUUAUUUUAGAUACCUCUGACAUAUUGUAUCUUAAAGAUAACUCUGAAUUGCUUGAUGUUCAUUGUGUUGCUUUUGCUUUAAGCAACAUCGUCAAUUUGCCCCAUUCUCCAAUCUCAGCAUUGUUUCUUUAUUCCUGCUAUUCUACACACAAUCCAUUUUUCAGUCUUUUUCCACUGUCUUUGAAAGUUGUGCUCCUUUCAGUCCCUAUGUCUUUAGCUCUCCACCUUUCAUCUUUCCUAGUUUUUUGUUUCCAUCCCAAAAAAACCCUUUACUUCCAUCAUCACUAGUCAUCAGACUAUCUUCUCUUCCUUUCAACCCAGGCUUGAGUCCUCAAUCAAACUAAUCUGUCAUUUCUUUUGUCUCUCAGCAUACUGACCCAUUGUGGCACUUUUGAUUGCCUUGAGGAGCAAUCUCAAUGUCCUAUGCUCCAUUCUUGGUGUCCUCUCUUUGCUCCAUCCUACUCUCCCCACCACAUGCUUGUUGGAGUCAGCAUCAUCAACCUCCUUCCCAGAGACACAUGUUGCAACAUAUUAGUCUUGGUUGGUGGAUGAACAAUCAACACAAUUUACAACCGUUUCCUCUAGAGCAUUAAAUUGCUUAUCAUGGACCUGGCUCCUGUUCUUAUUGGGAAUGAUCAUAUUGAUACUCUGUCUUGGUCUUUGACAAAAACUUGAUCUAUAGUUAUCACUUGUCCCUAUUACUGAAAGUGGCUCACCUGACAACUUUUUAGGUGGUGUAAAGUAUCCAUAUAUUUUGAUACCAAAUUGAAAUUUAUAUUUCUAUUUCUAUGGAAUAUCAUCUUGUAAACAUUCCUGCCUUUCCAGAGUGACAUGCACACAGUAGAUAUCAAGUAUGAGAUUUGAAAGAAGUGCUCUGGAUUGGGGCGGUGACAAUUGAAGAGAACUUUAGGACAGUGGGUGACAAAGAUGGAGUAACUGGGGAAUGUAUUCCAGAAGACUAACCAUAGCAACAAAAGUAGGAGAAUGCUUCUAAGGAUAGAGGAAAUUUAUGAGUGACUUUGAAGUUAAGGAUUUGGAUAAUAAAGUCAAGACAGAACACUAGAUGCUGGCAAACUGAAACUAAAACUACCUGAAACUCUCAGCAGGUCAUACAGAAUUUGCAAAGAGAACAAGAUAGCUUUUUUUCAGGUCUGAGCCUUUCCUCAGAAUUGGAAACUCUUAAAGAUGAGUGCCUCUAAAAAUAACAAAUAGAUUAAAAGCCAUGGGUGGACGUGGGAGACAACACUCACUAACAAACCCACAUAGGCAAGAAAUACUGACAUUUGAGACAUAGGAAUUCAGGAUGAUGUGGUAAGGCAUGUGGAAGUGGAAUGAUGAACAAAAUGAUGAGCUCACUUUGUUAUCUGAAAAUCAAAUUCCAAAGACAGAAUUGGCCAGAAAGUUUAAGUGGAAAGUGGCAAGGAGCUUGGUAUCACAUUCACUAAGAAAAUGAAGCCAUUGAGAAAAAUCAUCAUUUUUCAUAAAGAAAAAUCAUCAUUGAAGACAUUUUGGUCUUCCUUUUUUUUUCCCCAGGGGAACACCUUAAUUGAUAAAAUCCAGUAUACAUACAAAUUGCUGUCUCAUUGGGAAAGUACUGUAUGAAUCCCUUGACAAUGACAGUGUGGAAAGGUAUGUUUAGACAGAUGCUGCAUUUGCUGGGCCUAUUAAAAAAGUGACAGGUAGUUGGUAAAAGAACAAAGCAAAAUGUCACUGAGAAGGUAAUACUUGUCUUUUGGCAGAAAAUAUGUGCAAACAGAAAAUUAUAUAUUAAAUGCAGAGGAAAGUGAGGACAAAGUGAUCCUCGACAGUAAAUUAGGGACCGAAGUGUAGAAAGUCCUUGACUGGAAAAAGAAAUUUUCAGACACAAGCUUCUGUGUUCCACCUAAAUUCAAACUUGACUAAAAGGGGACCAUAGAGGUGAGGGUGCAGACAGCAGCAUUUUGAAUGAGCUGUUGUUUGUAAUGGGGGAAGAUUGUCAGCAAGAACAGAAUUUGAUCAUCAUGAAGCAUAUGUAAAGUACUUUUUCAGGUGUUGAAUAUAUUGGCCCAGAUGAUAUGGUAGUACUUUUGAAGAUGACACUCGGCAUUCACUAUUGUCAUUCCUUUUGAAAUUGACAACAGCUGCUGGGAUCUACACAUGUAUAAUUCAGUGCAGAAAUAUGCCCCGUAACCCUUGCCCCAACUGGUUGCGAUCAGGUAAAAACCAAUAAAUAGAAAAAAAAAACUUAAGUUUUGCACCAGUGGUCUCAGUAUUUUUAAUCUUGAAAAAUUACACCUUGUUAUGAGCUGUCACUGGAUUUUUAAUGGCGUACCUAUUCCAUAAUUACUGCUAAACUGCUUCAUUGUCCCUGAGAAAUGAUUAUAUUUGUAUUAUGUCAAAUUUGUCCGUAAUAAUAAAAAUUUCAAUUUGCUAAUUUUAAAAUUUCAUUUAUGAUCUUUCAGAUUUUACAUAAUCCUAUUUGUAUGUCCCAUCAUUUAUUAUGGUCUGUAAAGCUUUUAAUGAAUAGUGAAAAGUUAAAUGUGUUUUACUUCCUGGUUUUCUGAUCAAGAAUAUUUUAAUGGGAUUAGCAGUUUAUUCUAUUCUAUGACAUUAUUGUUACACACCUGGAGAUCCUCUUGACUUGACACCAGAUUCAAACUGAUGUUGAAAAAGCAUCAAUUCAUGCUACAAUUAUGCUGCUAACUCUGAAAUCCACUAUUGUUUACAAUUAAAAUCCUUGUGAAAAUUAUGGUUAGCACUUUUCAUGGAAAAAUUUCAAUAAAAUGGGUUUUUUCAAUAUCUACAUUUUUUAAUUGAAUGACUUUUUGUUGUAUACCUUUCUUUGCCCAGAAAAAUGACCCUAAUAAAUCUUGCAUAUAUUGAAGGAAAAAAAUCUAAAUUUUUCUAGGAAAUCUU